UUGAUGUUGAUGAGCUCUUGUCAUAGAUCCUAAACAUGCCAUCUUAUUGACAAGACGCAUACAAAAGAGUCGGCUUAAACUGGGCCCUUAGCCAAAGUUAAAAAAAAGUCUGUUCAAGUAAUUUCUUAAAGCAGUCGGGGGACUCCCCCGAAUUUGGGUGUCGAUUCACAUAUUUUAUCUAGAGCCGAGCGGAAUUGGUUCGCUGCAUCAUUCUCGUUCAUGAGGUUGAAUACUACCGACGAAGGAAAUUGAGAAGAUAUGUGACGAGGACAUCAGAACUUGAUCCUUGAAAUAGCCUUGAGAUGGCGAGGCCUCUUCGCAUUCCAUGUGCUGCACCAGUGGUGUAUCCGUCAGAUGGGAAACUUCAUGUAAUUCACGUUAUCAUUAAACCCGGGAAAGGUGACCAGGAUUGUGUAUCUCGGCAACAAAAAGCGGAACAAUUGAAGAACUGCUUAAUGAUUGAUCAGCUCCUCUCCGAAGGAAAUACGCAAGGAACAGAUGGAAAGAAAAUCGUGUGGGAGAAGCUAUUGAUGCUAGAGUUUUCGUCUUAUCCUGAGGACCAAAUAAGGAAAAUAUUAUCCAGGAACGUCGAAUACAACGGCUCAAGGUAUUGCUUUCUCGGAUUUAGUGAGGCACAAUUGAAGAAAAAAAUAUGCUUUCUCAUUGCCGAAAACGACAUGAAAAUCCGUGAAAGACGAGCAAAGUUUGGCAACUUAAGCAAGGAUAUCUCGUUUGCCGAACGCGUAGCUAAGGUUCAAGACAUGUUUGAGCCAUACGAAUUAAGCUUGGAAUUAGCGGAGGGCGAGUUUAGUUUCGAAACCAAAGAUGGGCUUCCUGAACAAAGUGGUUUUAUGGCGCCUGAACUUGCCCGAAAAAUCAAUGAAAUAGGAGCACUCAAUGUUAUUAAUGAUCCCAGUGUUGUUGAAGUUAUUUGUCCGGGAUUUGCAGGCAUACUGCUAUUGUCUGAUGAAAUUCUUGCGAGAACGACGAGUGACAAACAUUCCCACUUAAAGGCCCUUUUCAAAACUUCUGCAACAACGAGAGACCACGGCAACGCACUGAAACUGUGUAUUGUUGACUAUUCCAAACCAUUUGAGGUUGGCUACCUGGACAUUUUCACUGUGAUGCUUCUACAUUACCAUGGUGUAGAAAGUCGAAAUCUACUGGAAUUUCAAAGGGACUUUCAUAACCUUUUAAGAUCCCUGGAAACCGAUUUGACCUCUGCGAAGAACUUCCUUCGUUUGAAAGGAAGAAAGGAACUUUUGGCAAAAAUAGACAAAGAAAUGACGCCUGAAGCUCGGAAAAUUAUUUCCAAAAUAAAGGAAGAGGAAAUAAGAAAAAUGCAAGAGUGCAAAGAUGGCCCGGAAGAGAUUAGAAUCCUUGUGAGUGAGUCGCGCCAAGUGUUAGGAGUUAUCGAUCCAGAUAAUCAGCUUCAAUCCAACGAGUGCUUCUUUGCUCCUAACUUGGAUCCAAUGCUACCUCAUGAAAAAGAUAGUUUUGAAUCAGCAAAACAGGUUCUUGUAAUUCCACAACCAUGCUUCUCUCCAUCAGAUAUCCAAAAGUUCAAUCUUUCUCGCCAAAUUGCAGCCUACGAAAAGUUUAAAGAAUGCAUUAUUUUACCGUCACAAACAGGAAAGCGAUUUGUCUCCAGAAAAUAUUUUGUUUGCUGGGAUAGUCGUCUUGUGCUUCAGUACAAUCCGUUCGCCUGGUAUUUUUCCGAGGUUCCGUGUCAAGUUUCUAAUUUUCUCCUUGGCAUUUUUCGGUGUUUGAAUGUAGAAUCUUUCUUGUCGAAUAUUCGUCCAGAAGACACACAAGAUAUGGUCAGUGCAGAAGCUCUUGAGCCUCACGAAGGUGCAUCGUUUCAAAUGGAGCUGAAGAAACAUUUCGCUGAAUUUAAAAGCAGCGAUGACUUGAUUUUAAAAGCAAAGUUACUCUUCAAAAAGUUCGCACUUCUCGAUGGAUCGGCAUCGUGUACAGAAUGUAAGGAACUCGGAACGUAUUUAUCUCAAGGUUUUGACUGGAAUGCUAAGAGAGCAAAGAUCGUAAGGCGUUUUGAAGAUCUUAAAAAGAAAUACGAGAACCUGAGUUCCAAGAUAGAGGAAAGCGGAGAAUCUGUUGAUGAAUCGUCUAUUCAAGAUCUGAAAGGACUGUGUGUAGCCAUGAUUGAAAAAAUGAGUGAAUUUAUCAAGGACACAACCGGAGAGCAGGGUUAAAAACGCUGUUCUUUUCAAACACUCGAGUAAGACUUUUUCUAUCGACACAAAGCUGUGAAAAACAUUUUCAGAAGUUGUCCAAUAUUUUAAAGGCGUUGCAUGCCUCAAUUAGCUGCUUCUCUUGUUAGUCGUUUAGAAAGGCACUGUACGAACCAGCUUUCUCUGCUUUUAUAUAUCUCAACAAAAUCAAUUUAUGGCCGGAGCAAUUUUAUUUAGAGGCCCCAAAUGGUUUGCUGAUAGAACAUGUCUGUUGCUACCAAGUUUCCCCGUGUAAACAAUGACCUUUUGGCCCAGAACAGUACACAGCAGGUCAUGCAUAACAAUAUAUUCUAAGGCUAGAGGAAAUUUCUAAGGAAUAUCUUAUAUCCACCUUCUUUAGAGGUCUCUAACAAGAUCACAGGCCAGUCAAACUCGCCAUCAAUUCCAAAGAAGUCCACUUACCAAAUGAGCGUACAUGAAUCUCGUCUUGAAAAGAAUGCAAAUGGGCAUUUUUAUUCAGAGAUUAAAGACGAUAUUCAUAAGCUGUUUCAGAAGUAGUUUUCAGCUAGUGCUAGGGCUUAUGGAGUUUCUACUCUGACGCUAGCACUUUUGGAAAUGCAUUUCAUCCAUUUUUGGUGGCUGACGACUAUCAUUUUAUUUCCUUGCAAAAUAAUUCCCCAGUUAACGCUUGAAGUUAUGGUUUGCUUUUUUUGACUUUCAAAGUCAGACAUUGCAAAGUUUGUGAAGCUGCUACGGCUUCAAAGUUCUUCAUAUUCCUUCCGUUUUUCUUUUCUAUUCAGCGUCAUUGUAAAGGCUUAAAUGAAGUCAUUAUAUCGGUUUACAUAUCAUGUCGCAAUAAAUUUUUCAUCAGCUGCA